AUGAGCGAUGCGGAGGAAAAGCAUGGUGAUGCAGGCGCCACUUCUCUUGAACAACGUCCUCCGUUGGACGACAGCAAUGCGACCAUGAAACGUGUCCAGAUCAAGCAGGCUUGUCAGAAAGCGGAUCUGCAGUACCUGGGGCGACUAGCAGAUUCCGAGGGCGGUCUACUCGAUGAUGGUCUGCGCCAACUAGCCUGGCCGGUUUUGCUCCAAUGCUCAGGAUCAUCAGAUGGUACGAAUACGGACUGGAAGCAGCUACCGGCACACCGCGAUGAGGAGCAGGUCGAGAAAGACGUGAACCGGGCGUUCGUCUACUAUCCCAGCAACGAAUCGCCAAAAGUCAUUGACGCACGCAAGCGCGUAUUGUCCGAUCUCAUUGUACGAGUGCUACGGACCCAUCCAAUGCUUUGCUACUUCCAAGGUUUUCAUGACAUCGUUCAGGUCGUCCUGCUUGUCCUUGGCGCAGAGGCGGCAUACUCGGCAAUCGAAUCGAUCUCGUUGUUCCGCAUUCGGGACUACAUGUUACCAACCAUGGAUCCGGUCAAGAAGCAUCUGGCUCUGUUGCCUUGCAUCUUGUACGCAGCCGAUCUGGAACUUGCCAAACACCUGACACUGCCGAAUCCCCUUUACGCCCUCCCGGCGGCACUUACUCUGUACGCUCAUCAGAUCGAGCAGUACAGUGACAUUGCUAGACUGUUCGAUUUCAUACUAGCUCACGAACCAGUCAUGAGCAUCUACUUGUUUGCUGCCAUUAUCAUGUCACGGCGUGCUGAGCUGCUGGAAUUUGCACCCGAAGAGGAUGAAAUAUUGUUUGCUGUGCUUCAGAAACUUCCGCAGCCACUCAAUCUGGAGCCACUUAUUGCUCGAGCACUGGAGGUAUUUCAGCAAUUCCCACCAGACCGAUUACCGGGAAGGGGUUGGCGAGGCAUAUCCUCCUCCAGCGUUCUCAAGUCGACACAUCCUGGACAGCCACUCAGCGUGGCAGAUGCAGAGAAAUGUUUUCGAAAACAAGCAGCAGAAGUCCAGUGGGAGAAAAGAAUGCAGAAGGCAAUGCAGACAGCUCUGCGUAACCGCUUACCCAUUACUGCUGGUGCAGUCGCACUGGGGCUGGGCGUUUUGUCCUUCUACCUGAGGCGGUCAGGACAUGACCAGCAUCUCGUUUCAUUUGCGCAAUACCUGCUUGGAAUGGUGCGGCGUUAA